AACCUCGGUUCCGAUGCGACUUGGAUAAAUCAACUCACGAGUCGUCGUGAGGGAUUGUGUAUCGUAGUCGUUGAAGGUCCCGUGUGAGAGAUUCCUGGCAUUGGGUUUCAGGGUCGUGGGAGUUUGGAGAAGAAACUUUGGACAGAGCCGUCGGCGAUGGCUAUGGCUUUCUGACUUUUGGCGGAUGUUUGUGUGAUCGUUCGGUGGGUUUUUGAUAAAGGGUUUGUGUUCUGGUUUAGGUUAUAGUUUAUUGGAAUAUCCCCGGAUCAUGGUGUUGUGUGUAGAACUUUUGAGGUUGGGAGAGUGAAAAACGGCACCGCCUUCGAAAUUUAAUGUGCGAGUAGCUGGUUUAGUUGAUGUUAUUUAGUUUUAUUUUUUUAUUUUUGUAGAGUGUUUGUUCGCGGUAAGCGUUCUUGGGAUGUUUCUUGCCGCGCAAUGUGAGAAUUAUGGAGAAUUGAUAGGCUGGAGGCGGUGCUGCAUGUUUUGAAGGGUUUGUGGGAUAUUCGUUACUAGAUGACCUGUUGCGAGGAAUUGUUUUUCGGUGCUUUUAGGGAUUUUCGAAUUGGAAUUGAGAAGUUUUUAGGUUAAUUGGAGCUGAGGAGAUUUUAUGCACACCUCGUGAAUACAUGGGGGGAGGUGCAGGGGCACGGGUUGUCCAUGGAUCCAUUGCGGCUGCCGCUGUUGUGCUGGCGACCGCAUUCGCGAAGAUGGACAUGCCCGACAAGCUGCAUCUGAAAGCCGUGCCCAUCCUAUUUUACGCGAUGCCGGUUUCUAUGCCUCUUCCUCCCCUGCCCUCUCUCUCUGACUCCUUCGGCUGCGGUGAUGGCGCAUCCUGUUCUGUGUCUUUGCCGCGGAUGCUGCCUCCGAAAGUUUGUGCCACACCUCCCUCUACUGGUUCUUUGUACGCGUCAUCUUCUUUCUCCUUUGCGCAAGGGGCGUCAGGUGUAUCCUGCCUGUCAACCUCGUCGCGGCGGGCACUCUCUCACUUUUACCCGGUCUACCAUGCGACGCCUAUAGUGCCGCACGUAUCUGCUUUGAAUUCGUCGUUGUACCCUAGUACGUCUUGCAUUACACCUCCUGCGCUGGCGCCUUUCUCUUUCUUAUCCUCAGGGUUGUAUUCUGCUCCGGUGACUCAAAAGCACAUAUCGGGCGGGUUUCAGGGUUGGAACCAGUGUGGGAAUUCUGCCUACUCUCAUACCUUGUCUUAUCAUUCCCUCAACCAAAAGCAUUCUGCGCAGACGCACACUUUGACCUACCUGGAAUCUCUCUUUUCAACCCUCGUAUCUAUCCAACCCUCCCUCCAAAACAAUUUUUCUACACAUCCGUCGCGAUCUCUUCAUACGUGGCACGCUCCAGACGCCCAAAACUCGAAUCUUGAUAACUGCAAUGCUGCUCAGGAUGCCCUUGUGAAGAAACCGGUUCUCACCGUGGUGCUUCUAGGGUGGUUGGGUGCCCAACAGAAGCAUUUGAAAAAGUAUGCUGAGUGGUAUAAUGCAAGAGGAAUCCAUGCUGUUACUUUUGUGAUUCCUAUGGCAGACAUCCUGAGCUUCAAGGUUGAAAAGAAUGCAGAAGAGCAUGUGGACUUUUUGGCACGUCAUCUUGCUCAGUGGCUAUCCGAUCAAGGCGAACAUGGCGAUGCGGAUGGUGAGAAACAGCUCAUGUUUCACACUUUCAGCAACACGGGCUGGCUGACAUACGGAAUCAUUCUGGAGAAGAUGCAAGACCAAGGUCAUCUCUUAGGUAAAAUUAAAGGGUGUGUUAUUGACUCUGCACCAGUCCCUGACCCAGAUCCUCAGGUGUGGGCAUCUGGUUUCUUAGCUGCACUUCUGAAGAAACGUAGUAGUGCCACAAAGCCAGGCUCGUUAAAAGGACAAGUGAAGGAAGGUGUAACAGUAGAAUCUGUGUCUGUGAACACCGGUGCCACUUUCGAAACUGAAGGAACCAAUAGUUUUGAAACGGUGGUUUUAUCACUUUUAGAAGGAUUUUUCUCUCUUUUCUUAAGACUGCCUACGAUUAACCAGCGGUUAUCAGAGGUGGUGAGGGUUCUUCAGAAGAAGCAGCCUCCAUGCCCACAUCUGUACAUCUACAGCACUGCUGAUAAGGUUAUACCAGUAAAAGCUGUUGAAGCUUUCAUCGAAGAACAGCGGAAGUCGGGACGAGUAGUGAGGACUUGUAAUCUACAGUCUUCUCCUCAUGUUGAUCAUUUUCGGAGCCAUCCUCAACUUUACAGUGAGCAGCUUAGCAACUUCCUUAAAGAGAUCGUACCAUCUACCAAGGCACAUGCAGACGGUCAUUAGAUAUUUCUUUCAUAUUUUUUGGCCCCACAAUUGAACAUUUUAGCAUUCUUUUUGUUGAAGAGAGCCGCUAGAAUUCUGGUAGUAGUUUUGUUACCACAUUUUGAUGGUCAGGAUAGAUGAGGCAGUCAGGAUUUGAUAGUCGCUCAAGAGCAGUCAAGAUGAGGUAUGAUGGUAGACAGCGGCUGGAGAUAAGGUCACGACGUAGUAUUUUUGACACUGAGCCCUCUACUGAAGGCUAGAGAAUAGUAGCAGGUUAGCAAACUUCAUUUUAGUACACGGAAAUGUAAAGUUCGGAGAGUGUAGGAAACUGGAUCAUUCUAAUUAUUCAUGAUUCUGGCUAGGUCAUUACAUUGAUGGCUUCGUCUUACUCCCAAUGAGUUUGAGAUCAAAUAAUAAAGCAAAAACCAACUCACAACAA